AAUUGAUCAAGUCAGAAUAUCCCACCAUGGCCCAAGUCAGAAUAGUUUCCAGCCUUGCUGAUGUUGACGCUGCGCUUCAAGAUCUGCACAUCACUGAUCUGAAUCAAGCUAAUAAGGUUCGAUUUCGAUUGGAUGAGCGAGCCCCCCUUCAAGAAGCAGCAAAUAUCACUGUCAGGACCACCCAUCCAGGAAGCCAUGGAUUCAUAUUGGUUAAUCCAGAGUUGUUGAAGUGCAAGCUUAAGGCCAAGACGGCGCUAGAGACGUCCUUCAACACCAUGCUUGACGCAUCCCUGGAGCUGAUUGAUCAAGAGCUGCAGGGAGUUGAAGCAAGCAUCGCAGCACUGAAGGUCUUUGUGCGCUACGAUGACAAUCAGAUGCCACAUAAUGGACCUCCACUUCUCCAAAGAAAUCGGGGAGUACAACAUGUCAUCUAUCCACACCCUCCUUUCCCAAGAGCUCCUAGCUUUGAGAAUGGCACACCCCAACAGAGAGUCCCAUAUCAACCUGCUUAUGCUACACAACAAGAGAGGGAUGAGGCAGCUGCUCGUGACAGGCGUGCCCAGAGGGCCAUCUGGCAUGCCAAACUCCGUAUUUUGGAGGCGAGGCAGUCCAUCUUGAAGGACAAGAGGUCUGAGAUGAUGUCAAAGAUGAUGGCGGAGUUCAAGAGGAUUAUGGACGAACGAUCUGACUUAGGGGCUGGUUACGCGGAUGAUGGAUUUCCUCCACUGGCGUAGGAGCUUACCCUCUGAAGCAACAUGGCUUGCCAUUUGACCUUUUGCUGGAGCUGCGCUACCUACACCAAGUCCAAGAUUUGUCGAACAACCCCAUGUCAACAAUGCAAGCUUAAUUACCUAUUUAUGUACUCCUUUUGGUUGUAAUGCUUAAACUGGUACUCUCUAGUAUUACAAACCACCGAGCAUGUAAUGGACCAUGGUGCUGCACUGCCAAGUAUGAUGUACUGUAUGCGUACCUUGUGAAUUGUGAUGUUGGUGACUUGAUAACCGGCAAUGUUGGAUUUAAUCUAUGUGAUCAUCUUGCUUUUUGGUCUCUUUGUUAUCUCGUUUUGGCAUAUAUGUUUGUGUAAAAUGUAUGCGCAG